AUGCCAGAUAUGGACAUCUUUAGCUGCCUCCUCACCGGGGCGUUGCUAUUCGCAGCGUUCCCCCUGAGUUGCGCUAUCUAUAGCGCUUUUCUCGAGACAUUGGCCUCGCCUCUGUCGCUUCUCCAGGCGUUUGCUUGGUUCCUUAACAAGUUCCUUGCAUCCGUUGAUCUCGUCUUUCUCCUCUCGGUUUUCUCUGGCCUGGUUCUUACGUUGAAGGGCUCCAAGUUGAUUAUUAUUGGCUUGGAGCAUCGCAACACUCGCAAGGCCUGUCGGAAAAUCGGUCGCUACGCCGAAAUGGUCUGGUCUGUCGCCUCCAAGGGAGUUUCUGCUUGGAAGGUGUUUUCGCAAUGGGUUCUCCGGUCCUCUCAAGCCGUUCGUCUUCGCCAACGACGCACCGGAAAGGUAUACAUUGCCUUGAACGAGUUCUAUUAUCUCGUUCCUCGAUAUGUUCCUCCGCCCACCCCAUCACCUCCCAUCGCCAUCGACAACCAGACUGUUGACCAGUCCGAGACGACCGUGGAACAUCAAGAUGUUCCUCAGUACCUGCUCUGCCAGCGCGAGGGCUGGCAAGGCCCUGAGAAUCUUGAUGUUGGUCAUCUCGUGAACCGUAGCACCAGAGAAGACACAGCCCGCCCCAUCGCCAGCUCUGUUAUCCAGGAACAAGCUGUGCACCCCCAAGUCGCCGAGUCGACCAACGCCGCCUCUGCUUUCGACGUCGUCCACGCCGGUUCUGCCCCUCCUCGUCUGCCCAUUUCAGAUCGGGUCAAGCAUCUGGAACUGCUGAAGGAGAAGACCGCGCGCGAAAGUGGACUGACUGUCGAGCAACUCGAGGAGAUUCUGCUGGAAGGAAGAUCCCCGAGGACCGUUGAAGAGGCCGCGCCAAAUACGACGGCGCCUGACCAGUCACAACUGCCCGAGACCGACAAGCCGCAGGAGCAGUCCUUGUGGAGCGGUCCGUACAAGGAAGGGAGACUCGAUGCCGACGCGAAGGUCAAGAACUCCGGCUGGUACUCAAAGCAUCGGCCUUUCAAGCAGCGUUGGACCUUCAUCUCCAAGCCCGAGCCGCUUGUUGUUCCGCCUUCGUCUUCGUUUCCUCCCCGCCCUGUGCCGACUCCCAAGCCUAAGAAGCUGCCGCUGUCGAAGCCCGUUGUGGCAAAAACACACAUUUCUGAACCGGUUGUCACCACGGAACCAACUGUCGCUCCGGAGCCGAUCCUCGCGGUGAAGCUCACCCCCCCAGAGAUUGUCAUCACACCUCCCUCCCCGGUCUUGGUUCCCGAGAUCCCGGCAGAGGCUCAGGUCGUGGUCGAUAAUGGCAUUUCCAGCAUGCCCGACAAGCUCGCUCCCGAGCCUAUCCUAACGGAGAAGCCUAUUCGGGAGAUUGUCACGGCCCCUUCUGUUCCGUCGUCCUCUGUGGUACCCCAACUGCAGCUGGGCGAGCGGGACACCGUGUCCGAGCAGGAGAUCGAGGUUCUCAGACUUCGUUUUGAGGACUGGCGAAUUUCCCCUUCUGUUGAUGCAUCCGCAUCUGUGGACGAACAGAAGACUGUUGGAAAUGGCGUUCAGUCGCCUCUCCAGGUUCCCGUUCUUACAACCCUCGCAUCACCCGCUGAUGACCCCCUUCCUUCUGUCGUUCAUUCGGUGUCAGCUCGUCCUUCAGACGAUGAUGUGGAAAUGGAAGAGGAUUCGUCUGUCUUGUCUCUUGCAGGACCUGAGUUCAACGGAGUUGCCCUGUCUUCCGACGGGGAUCUGUCCAUGACGGACAUUAACGAAGUUGCAACUACGGUUCACGCUGGUCUGUCCGAUGAUCAGCAUAUGCAAGAUGGCGAUGACAGUCACCAAGUUUGGAUGCACGAAGAGUCGCCCGUAGUCUCGUCGGACAUGGAGUUGUUUCCCCCACAGCAAUCUCCUGAGACUGUCGUUUUUGGCGGACAAGUUGUUCCUCUUGUCUCGUUCGGCUUUCAGCAGCCAAGCUGGCAAUUUUCCUCGGUGUUUAAUGGUCAGCCAACCAAUUUCAACUUCGACUUUACCUCUACGAUGCCCUCCCUGGUCCAGCCUCAGAAUGUUGAGCACGACAUGACUGAUGCUCCCCAGCCCGACAUGGUCUUGACGCCUUUUGAACGUCCCAUGGUCGAAAUGACAUCGCCUGUCGAUUCCUUCCAGGCUGAUACCACUAUGGAGGGUCACUUCGAUUAUCCGGCUCCCCUUGCGUUUUCCCCCGGCCAACAGCAGCAACCCUGGAACUUUGUUCAGCAGCCGACCCCAGCCACUUCCGAUCGCGUCCCGGUUUCCGACACGAUUGACUUCGACAUGGAGGAGUCGGUGUAUCCAGAUCUCGACACGCUCAAAAAUGUGGUUUCGCCAAUGGCUCCCCAGCCUAGUCCGGUUUCCGUCACCACAGAGUCCGACAUGGGGUUGGGUACUCUAGCUCACCAGGCUGUUGACAACGUGGUUCAUGUUUCUCCUGUGGCCCCCGAGCAGAAGCCGGUGGUUUCCGACAUUACCGAGUUCAGCAACGACUUGGUCGAUCCACGACUCUUUGGGCCCAUCGACAUGCCGACUCAAGGUAUCGCGCCGGCGGUUGAGCAGCCAACUGAACAGGUUGUCCCUCAACAGCAACUUGAACAGGCGGUUUCUCAGCCAGGCCCGGCUACCGACGAGUUCCCAGGCGUUGAGGCUUGCAAUCUUGAGGAGUUUGCCAAGCUCCAGGCGCUCCUCGAACAAGAUGCGGAAGAGGCCACGCAGCAGUCAGAGUAUCCCGAUCUUCCCGAGCCGGCCGAAGUCAAUCAGACGCCGGAGGUGGUAUCGCCAUCGUUCGCUCCUGACGUUGACGAUGGAGCAAGCAACGGCUCUCUCGUUUUAUCACCACCGGGCACGCCUACUUCUGUUAGGUCCGAUAGGUCGUGGGACCAUUCGCUGUUUGGGAGCCCUCCUCCGGUCUUCUCGGCCCCAACUCCCCCCAACCGUUCGCCUACUCCUCCUCGCCCUGCUGGGCUGGACUUCACCAAUGCGACGUUCCAGCCAAUCCUCCCUGUCGGUGCGCCGGUCUUCACCUCGGCCCCAACAUUCCAGCCAAUCCUUCCCCGCAGUGCGCCGGUCUUCACCUCGGCCCCGACAUUCCAGCCAGUCCUUCCCCGUGGUGCGCCGGUCUUCAACCCGAGGCCGUCCUCCCCUGACAUUGGAGAAGACUUUGUUGUGCACGUCCCUGACACCCCGGACGACCCGGAGUUCCGAAGGAAUGAAGCGGAAUGGACCGAGAGAGAGAUGGCGAGGAUGGACCAGGCCUUCCUGGAUGGUCAGAGGCUCACCCAGGCGGACGUUGCCUCGGCGAAUCUGCAGGUAGACGUACUUCGGCCAGUCGAGCAUGUGUACAUCUACGGCGCGGAUGAGGAAGACGAGGACUCCGACGGCUCGAUCGAGAGCUCUGACCGUGAGGUCGUGGUUCCGGUCAGCCAGCGCAGGUUUGCCGUGCCCAGGUCGCGGGCGAGUAGAGCGACGGCGCCGGCAACGGCCACUCCUUCGGUUCCCCCGGCAGCGCCCUUGAACGUGGCCUCGGUCGCGGACGAGGGUCCUGUCGGUGAGAUUACUCCUCCGGUUGUCAGCGACUUGCCUGGCGAGGAGCAAGAUGCCGAGAGGCCACUCACUGAGCUUGAACUGGAGCUGUUGGGCAUGGCCAGCGAGGACGAGGACGACGCUCCCCAGCAGAUUGCCGAUGGCUCGGAGGACCGAGAUCCGAGGCGGCAGGAGCAGGUGGAGUACACUCCGAGGGCUGAUGUCGAGGUCACUCGGACCAGAAAGCUCGCAGCACCAAGAAGGUGUCGCAACCUUCUUUCACAAAACAACACCGACAAUUAA